UUACCAAAAAGACGAUUUUAUGCCAACGCAAAGUUGGCCAACAAUCUGCAAUUUCAGUCUGCAAACGGUCAGCCAGGUGAACGGCAGCCAAGACAGGUUGGCAACACAUACCAAAGCGGAAAAUAUAAAUACAACAGCCACUGAAGAGUCGUCAUAAUGAAGAGAGCCACAAGCUGGCUGAUCAUAACAGCGACAGUGCUGUUAUUGGGUCUGCUCAGCUCUGCGGAUGCUGCGCUGCCCUUCAAAAAGGUUUCCAUUGCCAAAACUCCCGCCUCUACAACCACAAGCACAACGACCACCACAACGACUCCAGAGCCUGUCACAGAGAAGGAGGAGCCGCCCACUGCUGAGGGCGAGGAGGGCAAGUCGGAAAAUGGCACGAUCUCAAAGAGAAAACUAACGGGCAUACCCCAAAUCGAUUAUGUCUGGGAUCCAAAUCUGCCGAGGGAGCUGAGAGGCUACAAUCUCUCGACCUAUCCUUUCUUGUCCUCCGUUCCGCCCAUGGAUGAGAUCCACUUUAAGUGCGAGGGUCUACACGAUGGCUUCUAUGCCUCCAUCGAGUACAAAUGUCAGAUCUAUCAUCAUUGCGUCUAUGGUAUACGACACGAUUUCCUUUGCGCCAAUUUCACGGCCUUCGAUCAGCGCACCUUCAUUUGUCACUUUGCCUCCGACGUGGACUGCGAGGGCUCGCAAAAGUAUUGGAACAGAAACGAUGAGCUGUAUAUGGCCACCACUACGUCUUCGACGAGUACCACCACAACGGAGCCACCACCGCCACCACCGCCGCCGCCCAGACGUCGAGGUCAACGUCCCUACCAUCGGCCCUACAACCGCCGGCCCGUGGAUGACUAUUACUAUGACGAGACUGACGAUGAGUACUACGAUGAUCGCUAUAGUCGUCGCAAUCCACGUCCCCGCCCACGCAAGCCACAGCUGGACUACGACGAUGAGUACGAUGAGAAGCCGCUGCGACACAAUCGCAAUCGGUACAGGGACGAGGAAGAUCUAAUAGACGAGGACUACGAAGAUCGUCGUAAUAGACCUGGCGGCCGUCGAGGAAAGCCCCCAGCGGGCGCAGUCGGACGUGGUAAGGCAGUGCCCCGCAAGCCCGGACGAGUGGAUGAGCGUCGCAGCUUCAGUGAGGAUCGCGAUGCAGAGGAACCACGUCGUGCGGCUGGCAGACGGCGCAGCAGCGAUAAGCGCCCGACGCCCUCGACAACAGCUGUGUUGGACGAGCUCGAUGAGUACGAGAAGCCUUACGAGCUGGAUCAGGAGGAGGCAGCCGAGGAGCAGACUCCACAAAAAGUAAAAACCACGCCCAAGCCGCUGGCCGAGUUCGUCACGCCGAAAGCAGCGGCUUCCUCUGUCUACGCCCGUCCACGUGCCCCACCCCGCAUAGCCCGUCCCGUGCCCGUCAACGAGAAGAAGAAGUACUCCUAUCCAGUGCAGAAGAACACGGCGACUACGCCAGCUUCAGCUGGUAACGAGCAGGAGGACGACGAUUACUAUCAAGAUCGUGAGCAGCAGGAGGAUGACUAUGAGCAACCCGUACAGCCAGCGCGCUCUGCCUCUCGUCGACGCACUGCAGCGCCCAAAGAGCAGAAGCCCACGCGCUCCACGCUGCGCAAGCCGGUCACAGACAAGAAAACCCUGCUGGAUCUAGAAGAGGACUACGAGGCGGAGCAGAGGGAGGCGCCACGGCGCAAGCGUCCGCAAGCCAUCAGAGCGCGUGUUCCACCUGCCGAUGUGGACUUUGUGGAUGAUGUGGACUACGAGGAGCGACCAGUGCCUGUACGAGGUCGCGUGCGUGCCAAAGCAGGAGUAGCACGUAAGCCCGUCGCGCGUCCACGCCAGCCCAUUGUCCACGAAGAGGAAGAGGAGCUGCUGGAGCCCGUCAGCGAGGAGCUGUCGGAGCAGCAGCGUGCUCCUGCAGCGCGCACCAAGUCCAACUCCUUGGCGAGCUUAACUCCGGCGCGUCGCAAUCAGAAACUGGCGUUGGCCGCGCGUCAGCGUGCGCUGCCAACCUCCACGACAACAGCAGCACCAGCCCUGGAAGAGGAGCUUGCCGAGGAGGAGCCAGUGCAGGCGGAGAAUGAAGAGCCUGAUGAGCCACUGGCGCCCGCAGCACCACCCAAACACCUGCGACCCGCUUCGGUACGUGUGGUCAAGCGACCCUUCCUGCCGUCGCGUGGCGGCAGCCCCUAUUUGCCGCGUGGCCUGCAGCCGGUGGGUGUGGCAGUGCGAACGGGCCAGCUAGCCAAUGAGGCGCGCACCACAGACAGCACGCCCAUUGACAUGGGCUCGACCAUAUCGGGCGUGCGCCUGCUGGAGCAUGGAGCUCCACUGCUGCGCGGCGAACAGCCAGACAGCGAUAGUGAUGAGCUGCCGGCACCGUCGCCCAACCCACCGCGCACCACAUUGCCGCCACGCAGUGCAUUGCCCACGCCGGUAACGCCGCGUCGCCCCGAGCCACCACAGCCGGUCAAGCUCAAUCUGGACGAACUCUAUGAGAACGACUACGAUGUGACGCUGAACGAUGCGCUCGAUCCCACGCUUAAACCGCUUACGCCACUGCAUCCACAUCAACAGCAUCAGCAUGCCAACUAUCAGAGCCGGCCCUAUGCCAGUGCGUAUUCAGCACCUGCACAUGGUAGCGGGUCGUAUAAUCCAUUUGCCGGCCAUGCCAGUGGCAACAGCAACUAUCAGCAGGCAUCCAUCUAUCAGAAUCAUUCGCCUCGCAGUCACAGUCGCAAUCGCCACCGAACUAUCAUAGUGAUUCCUAUUUCUCAUCGACAGAUAUACGCCGGCGAGCGAUUGUCCCGGCGCAGAACGCGCGUUCACAUAGACACGAAUACGCUGCCCGAGGAGCAGUGAGUGGCGCCCAAGUGGGCACACGACUUGCCCAGCAUUACUACGAUGAGUUUGCAUAUUAGAGUCGCGGUUACAAGUCUGUGAAAA